AUUAAAAUGUCUGAAUUUGCAUGCGAUACAUGUGAAAAGCAAUUCAAAUUAAAAAGAACAUUGGAAGCUCAUAAAAUGAUACAUACAGGGGAGAAACCUCAUGAAUGGUAUAAAAUAACUUAUUUAAAUAUGGAAAAGUGCGCAGUGUCAACAACGUUUUAGAUAAUAUUCCUCCUUAUAAAAACAUCAAAGAAUCCAUUCAGGUGCAAAACCAUAUGAGUGUGAGGAAUGCAAAUAAGCCUUCUCUUAAGUAUUUAGUAAAUUUGAUUAGAUAUCUAAUUUGAAGAGACACUAACGCAAACAUUCUAAUGAAAAACCUUAUAAAUGUGAUGAUUGUGGAAAAUAAUUCAUUACAAGUCAGAAUUAUUAACAACACAAUUCAAAACAUUAGUAAGAUCGAAAACAAUAUAAAUGUGAGAGGGGAUGUGGGAAAACAUAUUUCUAUAGGUGUAGUUUGAAGAAACAUGAAAAAGAAAUGCAUUAGAAGAAAGAAAAGCCUAUUUUUACUAGUGAAUCAUUUAAUCAAUAAAUAAAAAACCUCAAAGAUUUCUUUACAUGCAAUCAUCCUUAAAUAAUUCAUAAGAAUCAUGUAGAUGUUUUAUUUAAUGGAUGUUUAUAUUAUUAUAAUGAAGGUAGUUGAAUAUGAUAACUAGAAAAUCAAAAAAUUGAGUAUCAUGAGCUUGUUGAUACUGCUAAAUAAGAAUGUGAUCCAGUGAAAGAACAUUAACAUUUUUAAAAGAAUCAACAAUUUGCAUAGAUAGAUUGUUCAUAAUGUCCUUAAGAAAUCAACUGUUGUUUAGCGACAAAUCAAGGAAAUGUUUAAGAAUAGGAAUAUCCACAAUCCUAUGUUUUACAUUACCAUGGACCAAAUUGUGGACAUCCUAUAGUGUUACAUAAUGGGCAUGUUGAUUAUUUAGUAAAUGAAAUGCUUCAUUUUCCACAUGAUGGACAUUGUGACAAUCAUGGAAUUCUGAAUAGAAUCACAGUAUAAUGAAC